CGUUAAGAAGAAUGUCAGAGUAUUUCUGCAGCGACUGCAAACGCGAAACAGAAGUGGUAUUCAACCACUCAGCAGGCGACACAGUUUGUUCCGAAUGCGGACUCGUUCUUGAAUCACAUUCCAUUGAUGAAACCUCUGAAUGGCGCACUUUCGCCAACGAGUCCAACGACAACGAUCCCAACCGUGUCGGCAGUGCUUCUAACCCUCUCUUAAAAGACGGUGGUCUCUCCACUUACAUUGCUAAACCUAAUGGCUCUUCCAGCGAGUUUCUUUCUCCGACUCUUAAUCGCUUGCAGAAUCGUGCCUCUAACCAUGAUCGUACACUCCUUCUUGCUUUCAAAAAUAUCACCACUAUGGCCGAAAGGUUGGACCUUGCUACUUUCAUCAAGGAUCGAGCAAAUGAGAUAUAUAAGAGGGUUGAAGACCAAAAGUCUAGUAGAGGAAGAAAUCAAGAUGCUUUGUUGGCUGCUUGUAUCUACAUCGCUUGCCGACAAGAAGAGAAACCAAGAACUGUAAAGGAAAUUUGCUCUGUUGCCAAUGGUGCCACAAAGAAGGAAAUUGGCCGAGCAAAAGAGUACAUAGUGAAACAACUUGGUUUGGAUAAUGGCCAGUCGAUGGAGAUGGGCACAAUAAAUGCUGGAGACUUUAUGAGGCGAUUCUGCUCCACUAUUGAUUUGAACAAUCAAGCUAGGAAAGCUGCUAUGGAAGCAGUGAAGAAAUCAGAAGAAUUUGAUAUAAGGAGGAGUCCUAUAACAAUUGCUGCUGCAGUUAUAUACAUCAUAUCUCAGCUUUCUGGUGAUAAAAAACCUCUAAAAACUAUAUCAAUUGUCACUGGAGUUGCAGAAGGAACUAUUAAAGGCUCCUACAAGGAUCUUUAUCCCUAUAUAACAAAAAUAAUACCAAAUUGGUAUGCAAAAGAGGAGGAUUUGAAGAGCCUUUCUGGCCCUUGAGUUAUAGAGAAAACCCCUCCUAAUUUACCUCAUUAGAGCUAAUCUGCUUUGGGUUUCUUUUUGUGUAAUUUUCCCUGUCAUUUUGUUGCUAUCAAUCACACAUUUUUCUCAUUCCAAAAUCAAUGUUACAACAAGUA